GAUAACUCCUCGGCCUUUUCAUCUCCGUUAAUAUUUUUCUCUUACUAAUACAAAAUUCCUAUAUUACAGGCGCUGCCUUUUUUUCUCUUUCAUUGAUCCGUGAAAUUGCUGUCUUCACCAUCGCCGAUCAGGUUUGGUGAACUAUUUGAAGAAAGAGGGGCUUGUGUAAUUGUAUUGAAAUGGGGAGUCGAGUCAAGGAAGAUGAAAAGAAUGAAAAAAUUAUAAGGAAUCUGCUUAAGCUUCAGGAGAAUCGCAGGUGUAUCAACUGCAACAGUUUGGGUCCUCAAUAUGUAUGCACUAAUUUUUCUACAUUUAUUUGCACAACCUGCAGUGGGGUACACCGAGAGUUCACACAUAGAGUGAAGUCUGUAUCUAUGGCUAAAUUUACGCCCCAAGAAGUUAGUGCCCUUCAAGGAGGGGGAAAUGCGAGUGCUAGAGAAAUUUAUUUAAAGGAAUGGGAUCCUCAGCUCAAUUCUCUACCCGAUGGCAGUAACAUUGAUAGACUGCGGGGUUUUAUAAAACAUGUCUAUGUGGAUAGAAGAUAUACUGGUGAGGGGAGUUUUGAAAAGCCCCCAAGGGCAAAGGUGGGUGAAACCGAGGACUAUAAUGAAAACCGGAGGAUAGAUACAUAUCAGGGUGGAUCUAGAAGUCCACUUUAUGAGGAUACUUAUGAGCGGCGUUACAAUGAUAGGCCUAGUACUGGUGGAAGAAGUCCAGGAUAUGACCGAGACAGUCGGCAGCAUGGUGAUUACAAAAAGAGUCCUGCUCGAGUUGACGUUGUUAAUGACUGGCGACGAGAGGAUAGAUUUGGAAAUGGAAGAAAAUCUGAAGACAGAAGUUCCGAUGGAGGCUCUAGGCUUGACAGUAGGUCACCUGAUCAUCAGAGAGAUCUGGAGACACCCAGCCCUCCUGUUGUCCUUCCUAUUAGAGAGCUUUUGGGAGAGAACGUAUCACCCCUUCGGGUAGCUGAACCUCAUACUGCUGGUGGCAGGUCAGCUGAUGAUUCAGUACAUACUCGGGGAAUUGCAUCCUCUAGUAGCUUGGCAUCCUCAAAUGUGAAUCCAGCUGAAGUCAAAAUGGUAACAUCGUUGAUUGAUUUUGAUUCUGCUCCUGCUCCUGAACCUCCAGUUACUGCAGCAGUGCCACAAACACAGCAAGUGGUGACAGCUACAUCUGCCAUGCAGCCAACAUCUAGUGGCGACAACUGGGCAAAUUUUGAUUCAGUGCCAGAUGUGAAAGUAGCUCAAGCAGCUUCGAACUCCAAUUCCGUGCUAGAUGUUCUUUCAGAGUUGUCUAUUCCUGCAUCCGCUCCUGGUCCCUCUGCUGGAAGUCAUGGUAAUGAUAUGUUCAAUUCUCUUUCAGGCAACGUACCAGCUUUCCCAUCUGGUAGUUCACAAACAUCAUCUUUUGGGUCGGCCUAUGGAGGUACUGCAUAUCCUGCUGCAGCAAUCAGCAACUCGGCCAUGGUCUCCCCUGCAGGUGCUCCAUCUGCAUCCCCUGGUACAGCACCGAUAUUACCAACUGGUAAAGGUAACUCAUUUGAUAAUGCUUUCACUGGAGGGACGUGGCCUGCCAUACAACCUCAACAACCUCCGGUGUUCCCUGGAAUUGCUGGCUUGCCUAAUUCUCAACCAGUCACCGUUGGUGGACCUUCAAGCAAUCAGCCAUGGAAUUCCCUAGUUGGAUCAAAUGCACAUCGGCCUCCUGGUGUUGAACUACAAACGUCUCAAACUGUUACAAUGCCGGCCAUGCAAACCUCUAUUGGAGUUGCAACACAAUCAUAUUCAGAAGUAAAAGCUAGUGGAAGAACAGAACUGCCUGCCGAUUUAUUUACAGCAAAUUAUUCUUCUUUUACACCUCCAGUUCCGGGAUGGCAUUCUCGUCCCUUUCAAGGCACCGGGUUUCCAAUGCAAUACAUGCCAAUGUCUACAGCUACUUUCCAGCAGGUAUCCAGACCAUCAAAUCCUUUUGAUGUCAGAAAUGAUAUUUCUGUUCAAGCUGCAAUGUUUCCUUCAAUGGUAUCCUUACAAGCUGCAUUACCCAACAUCGCACCUUCAUCAAACCUGGGUACUUUUCAACAUGUAUCAUCUCUUCCUACUCAGUCACCAUCUUAUGCAUCAGCAAUCUCUCCAAGUUCAUAUCAGGGGCAACAAGUUCCCGGCAACAUGACAAUGAGACCACAAGGAUUAGCAGGCUUCGGUCUUGAGGCGCCUGCUUUUGUAUCAACGAACCCAAAUCUCCACUUGACCGGAUUACAUCCAGCACCUGCGUCUCCUAAUAACUUUUCUUCAGCUAGGGGAAACCCAUUUGGCUAGAAUGGAAAUGAAAUGUCUUUAGCACGAGCUUCAUCUUGAUGCUUCCUUUCAGACAUUGGGUGGAAACAUUGUUAUUUGGUAAGAUUCGCGUUUCAUUGGUGGUGAAGUGGUGAGGCGAGAGGCGGCUGCAGUUACAGAUCUUGGGAUUGGCUAAUGAUUGAUUGGAACUUGCAGUACCAAAAUAGUUUGUGAAGUCUACAUCUAUAGCAUGUUUAGUUUAUUAUGUAGUUUAUGCCGGAUGCUGUCAUGAAGUUUGUGUAAUUUGUUUUGCUGAUCUUGGUGUCAUUGUGGUGAAAGCUUUCGUAUGAGACAAUCCAUCUUGUAGAGUAAGCCCAAGGCUAUUUAUAGUGUUAUUGCGUGGAAUUGGAUGUCAUUCCCAGAUUUUGUUUAAAUAAAGGUGUGUAAGGUUUGCUGUUUUU